AAAAGUCGACGAUGGCUUAAGUGAACCAUUGAUGGAAAACCGAUAAAUCAGUACUUUCGACCUCAAAUUCACAACCGUCCUCGUCAAUCACAAGCACCCUUAGUCCCCCAGAAACCAUGUUCGCCCGAUCAUUCUCCAACGCCUCUCGAACAAUUGCCCGUCGAUCUCUCAGCACUCGCUCCGGACCUGCGCCUUCGUCAUUAUGGUCUUCCCGUAACGCCGUCAUUGCCGGUACAACGCUCGCUAUCACUGCCUUGGCCGUCACCUCUGAGAGGCGGAAGGUAUUCAACGAAUCUGCUCAGAAGGCUACUAGCCCUAGGGAUAGCAUUAUUGCACAGGACAGCUUGAAGGAGAAUGUCCACAAGAAGUCUGUCAGGCAAGAUGAGUUUUCAGGGGAAUCCACCAAGCCCGAGGCUUCAACCUCAUCAGAUAGCGUAGAAAAAGCUGCCGACGACGCUGCCCAAAUCCUUGAGGAAAAGGAGGCUGAAGCCUCUGAGCCCUCACAAGGCGCUUACAAUCCCGAGACUGGAGAGAUCAACUGGGAUUGCCCUUGUCUUGGUGGUAUGGCCACCGGCCCUUGCGGUGAACAGUUUAAGGCUGCCUUCUCUUGCUUCGUCUACUCUGAGGCUGAGCCCAAGGGUGUCGACUGUGUUGAGUUAUUCAAGGUGAUGCAGGACUGCUUCAGGGAACAUCCCGAAAUUUAUGGAGAGGAGAUCGACGACGAUGAGGCUCCCGCCCAGGAGGGAACAAUGGAGGAAAAGGUUGAGGCAGCCAAGGAGGAGACUGCUGCCCCCGCUGCUGCUCCUUAGACAUUUAGAAGGAGUGAUUUGUCAUACCAAGCAUUGUAUCAGGGAUUGCUAAAUGCAUAAUACUACUCAUCUCUCGUCAUGAAUCUAUUGACCUA